AUGACGAAACGGAUGUUACCAUAUAAACAAGAGUUUUUAGGAUUAGGAUUUAUUGAAGUAAAAGAUCGCUCUGGUGUUUCGCGUCCACAAUGCGUGGUCUGUAUGCAACUUCUUUCAAAUGAAUCGCUGAAACUCAACAAAUUAAAGAGACAUCUUGAGAAAGUCCAUCCAACUUAUGUAAAUAAACCAAUUGCCUUUUGGAAAGAAAAAGAAACACAAGCAAAGCGUAUGAAACUUGAUGCACCAUCAAGUUCGGCAACAGUUUCGUUAGAAAAAAUUACCUUUGCUUCUUUUCAAGUAGCUUUAAAAGUUGCUCAAUGUAAAAAACCCCAUAGUAUUGCUGAAGAGUUGAUUAAACCAGCCGCGAUAGCCAUGGCGAGAACUGUCUGUGGAGAUGAAAUAGCUAAGAAGCUGGAAAUGGUGCCAAUUUCAAACGAUACCGUAAAAAAGAGAAUAGAUUUAAUGUCAUUAGAUAUUUUAGAACAGUUAAUAACAGAUCUUAAAACAGCAAUAAAAUUUUCUAUUCAAAUCGACGAAUCAGUAGAUAUUGAAGACUUUCCACAGUUGUUAGUUUAUGUAAGAUACAGAACUCCUCAAAAUUUUAAUGAAGAAUUUCUUUUUUGUGAAAAGCUCUCUGUAACUUCAACUGGAGCUGACAUCUUUUUUCUAGUUGACAACUUUUUUGAGACUCACCAAUUGCAGUGGCGAAAUUGUGUAGCAGUCUGUACGGAUGGAGCACCAGCAAUGAUAGGUACUCGCUUAGGCUUUUGUGCCAAAGUCAAGGAAAGAAAUCCAGAGGUUGUUACAAUACACUGCUUUUUACAUAGAGAGAACUUGGCUACACGGGAUAUGCAGCCAGAUCUGCACCGGGUAUUACAGGACGUAAUCAAAAUUAUAAACUUUAUAAAGGGACGCGCUUUAAACUCCCGGAUAUUUCGUUUGAUGUGCGAAGAAAUGGGUUCAACUCACCAGCAUUUAUUGUACCAUUCAGAUAUCAGAUGGUUAUCCCGCGGAAGAAUUUUAGCCAGAGUUAUUUCUCUUAAAACAGAAAUAGAAACAUUUUUAACAAAUAAAAAACAUGAAUGUGCAGAUCUUUUCACUGACAAUAAGUGGAUAGCCAAAUUGGCAUAUUUGAGCGAUAUCUUCCAUCACUUAAAUCAGUUAAACACGGAAAUGCAAGGUCAAAACCGCACCGUAGUGGACAUAUAUGAGAAAAUUACUGUUUUUAAAAAUAAAAUAAAACUUUGGCAAGAAAAAAUUGCAAAUCGUCAAUUAGCAGCGUUUGCUACAUUAAAUCUGUUUUUAGAAGAUCUUAAUGACAACAAUAUUUUUGUAGAGACCAUGCCUAUCUUUUUAGAACAUUUGAGACAUCUUGAAAAUGAAAUGGCAAGAUAUAUUCCACAAAAUGUCGAUAUCGAGAAAUACAGUUGGGUAAGAAAUCCAUUUGAAGUAGAUGUAAUGGCGGUUGAAAAUCAUACGGCUGGAUUACAAGAAGAAUUGCUUGAAUUGCAGGGUGAUAGAAUUUUAAAAGAAAGAUUUGCCACAAUGAGUCUCACAAAAUUUUGGGCAGAAUUAUCUGGGAAGUCUAUUCUCAGCAAUGAAGCUGAAAAAGCUCUGCUACCAUUUCCAAGUACAUUUCUGUGUGAAGCAGGAUUUUCGUGCCUUGCUGUUUUAAAAACCAAAUAUAGAAAUAGACUGGAUCCUCAGCAUGACAUGCGGUGUGCACUUUCAAUAAAUUUAACUCCGCGUAUAAAUCAACUUUGUUUGAAAGUACAGCAUCAGGGUAGUCACUAA